AUGACAAGUUGUGGUCUACAGUCCUUAAAUACGCUGAUGGUCGUGUUCUCCUUGCUCUUGCCAGCAGCACUGUCUGCACAUUUCCGAGUCUGUGAGCCAUAUACAGACUACAAAGGCCGCUCCCAUUUCGGAUUUCACUGCCCACGUCUUUCUGACAAUAAAUCGUACAUCUUUUGCUGUCACCAUAACAACACCGUGUUUAAGUACUGCUGUAAUGAGACUGAGUUUCAGACUGUUAUGCAGAUGAACCUAACAGGGAACGGAGAUGGAUAUAUGCAUAACAAUUACAGUGCACUGUUAGGUGUAUGGAUCUAUGGGUUUUUUGUUGUGGUCUUGCUGAUAUUGGACCUUUUGUAUUAUUCCUCAAUGAACUAUGAUAUUUGCAAACUUUACCUAGCAAGAUGGGGAAUUCAGGGGAAAUGGAUGAAACCGGAACCAAGCCGGUGGAUUAAGCCUGCUCAGGACCCAAGACAAGUACAGCCUCAGCCUACAGCUCAAACAUCACAGGCAGUACAUGCAUUAAAAGGAGAAGCUUUAAAUCCACCACUGAUGUCUUUUCCAAGUUCAACUGCCUGGAGCUCUGGGAAGGAGUUAUCACGUUCUGUCUUCACAGCAAAGGAUAAAGAAAAUGGUGAGAGGAAUACUGUCAAAGUUCAAGACUCUACAUGGAGCAUUUCAUCACAGAUCCACCCACAGGAUCAACCUCAUAUCUUUUACAAGUAA